UUAAUUUUGUCCAAUCCAAAUCGACCACCUGUCUACAUUUCCUGCAGAGUUGUUAUAUGGCGGCGUCCAUCGGUGUAAACAUACGUGUAUAUCAAAAAGGAUGGCACGGCUGUUUCUACAAGGCAUUGCCAUUCUUUUGAUGAUCAAGUGUUAUGUUGAUGCUAAACAAAAGCCUGUCAACAUAGCCUUGUCAGGAAAAUGGAAUUCUACUCCUCUUUUGCUUGAAGCAAGUGAGUUUUUGGCCAAGGAGUCUGCAGAGAGCUUUUGGACUUUUGUCGGACGAAUUGCUGACCAGGAUCCAGAUUCUAUCCAGACAGCUGCUGAUGACAUCAAGUACAAGCUGGUGCAGAAGUUUGCAUCUGAGCUCUUGUCUCCCUUGCAGUUGAGUUUCCUGAAGUUCUCUCUGGCACUGAGAGCGUACUCUCCAGCUGUUAACAUGUACCAGCAGAUUGUUGAACAGAUAGAAAUAAAAAAAGACUGUUCAUCCUUUAUAGAUGUCAAUGGAAAAUAUACCUGUGACACUAAUGAAAUGUCGGAACUUCUAACAACGGCUAUUACAAGGUCUCCUUCUCCACUGUAUCAGUUUGACCACAUCUACCCCAACUCGGGCAAGAGGAAGGCAGUGGUCAUCCUGUACGCAGAGAUUGGCACCAAAGGUUUCCUAGAGUUCCACCCAGCCCUGUCUAAGCUUGCAUCUGGAGGGGAAAUCACCUAUGUGUUGAGGCAUUUCAUCAAGAACCAAAGCCCUGACAAAGUGAGACUGUCUGGCUAUGGAGUGGAACUUUCUAUCAAGAGCACCGAGUACAAAGCAAAAGAUGAUACUAAAGUAGAAGGUGGUGGGGACUCUGAUGCAUCAGACGAUGAAGAUGACGGUGAGGAGGUGGAUGGCAUUGUCUUUUCAAAGCUGAAAGAACUCCACCCUGAUUUGAAAGCGGAGCUGAAAGAGUUCCGAAACCAUCUCAUGGAUUCUGCCACAGAACUAACUCCUUUCAAGGUCUGGCAGCUUCAGGACCUAAGCUAUCAAGCCAGCCAGAGGAUCGUGUCUGCUCCUCCAAAUGAUGCCCUCCAGUUCCUGCAAGAUAUCAGUCAGAAUUUUCCCACUCUUGCUCGGUCUUUGGUGCGUACAGCUGUCUCGACUGAGUUCAAGAGGGAAGUGAAAAAGAACAAGGAGAAAUUCGAGUUUCAGAAUGUGGGGGCAGGCGAGUCUCUCCUCUAUUUGAACGGUCUGUCGGUCGACAUGGAAAUUUACGAUGUGUUUACCCUGCUGGAUGUGAUGGUGUCUGAGGCUCGUCUUGUCGAGGGUUUGCAUGCGCUUGGCUUCAAGGGUAACAACUUGCAGAAGUUUUUACAGUUGGACCUGAAAGAAGGCGGCGACGACAUGAGUUAUGCUGUUGACAUAAGGCACUCGGCCAUUCAGUAUCUGAAUGACCUGGGCCAAGACAAGAAGUAUCGCACCUGGCCAAACUCGAUUCAGGAUCUUCUCAGGCCAACUUUUCCUGGGAUGCUGCGGCAUAUUGCAAAGAAUAUCUUUCACUUGGUGUUUGUUGUGGAUCCUCUGGAUUCCACCAGUAAAAGUUUGCUGAAAAUGGCAGAGGCUUUCUACGUCCACAAGGCCCCUCUGAGGCUGGGCAUUGCGUUUGUGGUGAAUUCUGACCCCAAGGCAGAUGGCUUCACUGAUGCGGGUAUUGCUCUGGUUCGAGCCUACACCUUUGUGAGCAUGGACAAGGGGGCUCCAGCAAAGGGCCUUUCCUUCAUCACUGACGUGUAUGAGAAGGCUGGAACUGCGGAGCUGACUGCUGACGCUGUCAUUGCGGAGUUUGCCCUGCAGUACCCAGGGGAGGACAAGGAUUUGGUGUUUGGGAAGUCCGAUGAUUACGAUGAUGUGCGGAAGGCAGGUAACGACUUUGUAUCUCGCUCUGGACUGAGUGGCAUGCCGCAAGUGUUGAUCAACGGCGUUCCUCUUGAUCAAAGUCAGCUUGGAGACAACUUCGAGGAGUCCGUGGUCAUAGAAGUUUUGAAGCAGACGCAGGUUAUACAGUCGGCAGUCUACAAGGGUGAGGUGAAUGACCGCACAGAUAUCAUGGAGUGGUGGAUGGAGAGAGACAACGUUCUUCCCCGCCUCAACUCACGAGUGCUGGCCCCACCAGCUUUCAGAGUUGACUUGACAGGAUCUGCCGGAGAAGAUAGGGUGUCAGCCCCAGCCCUUGCUGCUGAGCUGAGUGCAAAGGACUUAACUUCGGCUAUAUCAGAUGGUCUUGUCUACUUGACUAAGAGAGAAGAGGAAUCUGUACGCCCAGUGACUAUGUGGGUUGUGGCCGAUCUGGAAACCUCGCAUGGAAGGGAGCUUAUGUACAAUGCCAUUAAGCAUGUGAAAGUGUCUAAUGACUUGCGUCUGAGUGUGGUGUUCAACUCAUUGACCACAAAGAUCGACAACAACAGCAUCAACCGCGCGGUGUGGGUGGCCCUCCGCACACUGCCCAUGCCCCUGGCCAAGAGCCUGGUCACUAAGCUGGUCAAGGAGGACAACGCCAAGGCCCUGCUGGCCGGCACCAAGACGCUGCAGGACCUGGAGGUUCAUGGCAUGGACAUUGACAAGUACAUUGCUGACCUUAGCGCUCAGAACACAGACUUUCUCAAAGUGCACGGCCAGUUUGCCUCCAGAGUGCUUUCCCUUAGACCCGGCGAGAAGGCGAUUGUCACCAAUGGGGCGGUGCUCGGUCCUAUCGGGCGGGAGGAAGAGCUCUCAGUGGAGGAUGUGAAUUUGAUGGAGCGCCUGGCAUACCAGCAGGCUGGCAAGAAGGUGGCUGAGGCUGUCUCAGCUCUGCCAGACAAGAAGGAAGGUGGCAGUGACCUGGUGAUGAAAGUUUGUGGCCUGCUUACCUCUAAGGACAAGAGAGAGAAGAGACACAAGAUUGACUAUUAUGGCGAUAAGUACAGUGUGGUGAAGAUUCCUGCAGACAGCAGCAUCCCAGCAUUCACAGUGGAGGCCAUUUUGGACCCAGUGUCCAGAGAGGCACAGAAGAUGACCCCUAUUCUCAUGGUUCUACAACAAAUUGCCAAUGUGGACAUCAGGAUCUACCUGAACCCUAGAGAGAAGCUGUCAGAGAUGCCACUCAAAAACUUUUAUCGGUUUGUUCUGGAGCCCGAGAUCACCUUCGACGGUCAAGGUUCACUGUCUAAGGGCCCGUCGGCGCGGUUCCUUGACCUACCGCAGAAGUCUUUGUUGACCCUCAGUAUGGACACCCCAGAGAGCUGGAUGGUGGGAGCGGUCACUUCCCCAUAUGACCUGGACAACAUUCUCCUGGAAGAAGUUGAGAAGAGUGUCAGUGCGGACUUUGAAUUGGAGUACAUCUUAAUGGAAGGCCAUUGCUCUGAUGCGACCACCAUGCAGCCACCGCGAGGUCUACAGUUUGUGCUGGGCACAGAUAAUGCGCCGUCUGUGGUGGACACCAUUGUCAUGGCUAAUCUGGGUUAUUUCCAGCUGAAGGCAAACCCAGGCUUGUGGACUCUGAAUCUAAGAGACGGUCGCUCAAAGGAAAUCUACAAUAUAGAGAGUCAUGAAAAUACUGAUUCACCCUUGAAUUCCUCACAAGUGUUCGUCGCGAUUAACAGUUUCAAGAGCAAGAUUAUCCGAGUCAAGGUGGCGAAGAAGCCAGACAAAAUGGACAAGAGCUUGUUGAGUGAUGACGGUGAUGAAGGUGCCGGUCUAUGGGAUUCUAUCUCCAGCACGUUGACGGGAAGCGGGAACAAAGAAGAAGAGAAGGAUACCACUCUCAAUAUUUUCUCCGUUGCUUCAGGACAUCUGUAUGAAAGAUUUCUCAGGAUCAUGAUGCUGAGUGUUCUCAAAAACACGCAGUCGAAAGUGAAGUUUUGGUUCCUGAAGAAUUACCUGUCACCCUCGUUUAAGGACUUCAUCCCGUACAUGGCUCAGGAGUACGGGUUCGAGUACGAGUUGGUGCAGUACAAGUGGCCACGCUGGCUCAACCAGCAGAAGGAGAAACAGAGGAUUAUCUGGGGCUACAAGAUUUUGUUCCUUGACGUACUGUUCCCAUUGGAUGUGAAGAAAAUCAUUUUUGUUGAUGCAGAUCAGAUUGUGAGAGCAGACUUGCAAGAGCUGCAUGAUCUUGACCUUGGAGGUGCCCCAUACGGCUACACACCUUUCUGUGACAGUCGUAAAGAAAUGGACGGCUUCAGGUUCUGGAGGUCUGGGUAUUGGAAGAGCCACCUGGCAGGCAGGAAGUACCACAUCAGUGCCCUCUACGUGGUGGACCUGAAACGAUUCCGUCGCAUCGCAGCCGGCGAUCGGCUGAGGGGACAGUACCAAGGCCUGAGUCAGGACCCAAACAGUUUGGCCAACCUUGAUCAGGAUUUGCCCAAUAAUAUGAUACACCAGGUCGCCAUAAAGUCAUUGCCUCAGGAGUGGCUCUACUGUGAGACGUGGUGUGACGUUUCCGAGAAACCUAAAGCCAAAACUAUAGAUUUGUGUAACAAUCCACUAACAAAAGAACCCAAACUUGCGGCAGCUAUGCGGAUUGUUCCGGAGUGGAAAGACUAUGACUACGAGGUGAAAGUGUUAUGGGACGAUAUCUAUCAUACCAACACCAAAGAGCAGAUUGAAUAUGAACCCCCACAGCUUAACAAGAAGUCAGAUACAAAACGGAAGGAGGAGUUAUGAUGACUGAGUGUGCGUAGGACAGAACUUGUUGUAAUUUGUUGUUCAUGUUAUUUUGUGUUGGGGGGAGAAUUGAGAAAUGAGACAUGUCAUGUUUUAUUUGUUUACAGUACAGUUCAGGAUGUUUGAGAUUUAACUGUGUUGGAAAAUUUUACUCUUUUUGCUUUGUUUGAAUGUUUGAUGCUCAGCUGCAUUUGAAAGCUUGACUCUUAACUGCCUUUGAAUGUUUGAUGUUUAGUUUUGUUUGAAUGAUGUUGUUUGACUGAGUUUUCCAUGUUUGUUGUAUUUUGGCAAUUUUCAUUUUUUGGUCACUACUGUUCAGAUUCCUUUUCUUUUUUUCUCCCGUUUCUUUUUCACUCUGUAUUUUGAAUUAUUUAUUUUUAAAGUGCACUUCAUCGUCUUUUUGGGUACUUAAUGUCAAGAUGAUAGUGUCUACAUGCCAAACCUUUGUCUUCAUAAGUUUCUGACCUUCCCUUUUAUAGUACAGGUUUUUUUGUUUAUGUGUUAUCAUUUAAUUCUUGUGUAAGCUUCUCCAUCAAACAGUACUGAAUCCAACCUGCUAUCUAUGCUGAUAAAAUCAGAUUCUUUACAAGUUUGUCCUUGAAAAAACAACCCCAAAUCCGAAGCUGACUGCCUUUAACUUUUCAAAAAGGUAAUUGCUUAUAUCUUUAAGUAAUUGUCUCUCCCCCCCCCCCCCCCCCCCCCCCUCACUUACACUCUUAUAACUUGAGUUUUGCUUUGGUUACUGUUAUUUGAGCUGUGUUCCAAUAUGAAAUAUCCAGGAUUAUCAUAUCUUUAUAACUUAAGCUUUGUCUUAGGGUACUGGCUGCAUUAACCCAAUUGUGAAGAGGGCAUGCCGUCUUUAUCCUGCAGUACAGUGAAUGCAUACCUCAACUUGAGAGGUGCUCUAUGUCUGCGAGUUUUCUUUCAGGAUCUCAGGUGCAGGGGUCCUGUAGGCCCAGGGAAUGAGGAUUGCAUGGAUUUUCUCAUUUUUAGAUGGAAUUAAGUGUUUUCUGAAAUAUUUGAUAAAUCCUUUUUUUUCAUCUUUGUGUUAUUUUUUACUCUUUUUUUCUAUGGGAGUUUUUUCCUUUUUUUGUGUGUCCUUGGAGGCAUGUGUGUCUUUAGUACACACUGUCAUUGUCUUUCCCUCUAGAUGUUCACUUCUCUCUCUCUACUUGCUCUACUGUUUUGCAUGGCACUUUUUGCUUUGAAAGCAAUGGUUUGAGUUUUCCUUUGAUUGACCUCAAAAGUCAUGUAAAACAAAUUUUAUGAUGAUGUUUACUGUAUGCGUGUGUGUGUUUAUGUGUGUGUGUGUUUAUGUGUGUGUGUGUUUGUGUGUGCACAUGUACGCACUUUUGGCGGCUCCUGUGUAUACAUGGGUAUUGGGAAUUUUUUGAGUGAAUAGUGUAGCAGUCAGUGUUUGAGUUGUUGCAUAAUGUUGUAUCCUUGUGUGCUGCUCAUGAGUAAAAAAUCGCUCCAACCACGGUACCCAGCAGAUCUCAUCGGCUAAAGCUAAAUUAUAUCAGAUCUUGCUAUUUAUUAAACAAAAAUUAUGUUUUAGGAAGGUUUUAUGAUGAAAUGUUUGCAUUAUCUGCAACAAAUUUCUGGACUUUUCUAUGGAAAUUUUGUUCUUAUGCUGGCUUACAAAGCCCAGUAUUCGUAAUAAUAUCUUCCAUAUUCUUUUUUUCUUCUUCUGUAGUGGUACCAAAUUUGACCACUUUUUUUCUUGUGGUCUUUUUUCAAAACUGAUCACGCGGUUGUGAACUGUUUUUCAUGAGUAGGAUGCAGCACACACACACACCCCCCACCCCCCAAUGUUUUUAUGAUUGCAUUUCCAUGGUGAGAGAAUGUUCUUUUUCCCUUGAGAUUUGAGAUUUCUUAUCUCGAAGGAGCUGAGGAACAUUCCAUAUGACAGUUCCAUUUAAAUGUUAAUAAAGAAUGACUGUUCUAAUUUUUUUUCCUGCUCAAAACCAGGCCAUAGUUUUAUGGAGCGGUAGCUUGCUAGGUAGGUAGGCAGUGUUCUAUCUGAAUGGGCAAAUGGUUGUGUUUUGCUGGUCUGUAUUCUGUGUUCUGUGAUGAGGGUGCAAGUAACCAAUGAGCCCAACAUGAUCCAGAAUGUGCUAGUAAAUAUGACUGUAGCAAAUUGAAAUGGAAAGCAUGAAUAAGGAUAGGUGGUUGGUGGGUGCUCUGAUGUGGUCUGCUCCUUUUUUCCUUUAACACUUUGCCAUCACAAGGCCCAUAGUAAAAACCCUUGCCACCACAAGCAUUUGGGGGGGAAUCCAAAGAAACUUGGUUGCAAACAUCACCAUUCGGUGUUUUGUGAUGGGAGAGUAAGUUUGGCGUUCUCGCCGAUCGGCAAGAUGUAACGGCAAAGUGUUAAAAAAAUCUGUCCCCCUUAUCUCUCCUUUUUUGUGUGUUUUUCACCCUCUUGUAAAACCUCUAAUCUUCUGCACUUAUAUUAUCUAAUUGUGUUGCAAGUGCCGUAAAACACUUACUGAAACUAAAAGCACAAAUAAGGACGAAGUGGGGGAAAUGAAAAGCUGACAGGUUUGUCCAGAGCAUUUAGUUACCACAGGACUGUACAGGAAAAACGUUUUAUAGUUUUAUACAUUGGAGGGAAUUUCAGGCCGUGACAUGAAUUAAUUUGAGUCUGUCUUUGUUGUUUUAGCUGACUGAGUCCUUGGGUUGUGCUUAGUGGUUCACUUUGCCUGGUGUGUGUUAUGUCACCUAAAGAUUUAUAGAAGAAGAUGGUAGAGGAAAGACUUCAUUUUGUGUAGCUAUUGAGUAGCUAUUGUGAUGGCUUGGGGAAAAGGAGUGGAAUUGGGGGGGGGGGGAUGUCUGAGUGUUUUCAUUAUGACUUAAAAGUUGUACACAGUAACCAACUGCAGCUUGGUGAAAUCCUGUCAUCUUACCAGAAUGCAUGGUUAGUGUAAAUCAUUCAUUGUAGGCCUGUUGGCAGAGUUAAAAUACUUAUAUAGAAGAUUUUAAAAAUGUGUUCUACAAUCUUUUUUUUGUCUGUUUCUAUGACUAUUUAUUCCUGAUGCAACUGGUGUGAAGGGUUCUUUACCUCUUUCAUACCGUGAGAUAAACAGGAAUAGCUCCUGUUGUGUGAUGGCUCAAUUUUCCACUCUUCUCUAGAAUCAAGUACUGGUAACUGCGUGUGUACGUGGGACAUACAAAGCUCUUUUAAGACUUACAGUUAAAAAGGGAAGACUUAUAACUUGUUUUUUAAAGUAACCUAUGUGCACGCACCAUUGUCAUGUUAUGUAAGGUUAGAGUGGGUUUUUUUUUUUUUAACCUAUAUGUCUAGCGUUGUUUCCGGCUAAUGAGAUAAUGAUUGUUUUUAAUCACUCCCAAUAAAUGAGCUUCACUUAUUUGUCAUGAGAUAAUUAUAAUACUUAUUACAUAAAGUAUGUUACCGAUGUUUCAGACAUUGGUAUGAUACGGCGAGGCUUGACGUAUGGUCUCUGACAUUGCUUGUAAUUGUUGUAUCCAUCGGUAUAAAUAUUUUCAGUGUUCUUGUGUAUUUAUCUUUGCAUUUGAGGGAUUGAUAGUAUUUGUAACACCCAGACUUCCAUUAUGUAGUAUAGUAUGUGUAAGUAUACAAUGUACUAACACGGUGUACAGCGGCUGCCAUCUUUUGAUGGAGAUUAUGAUCUUGUUAUCUUCUUGAAGUGCCGAAGUCGCAAUGUCCAAUUAACACUUUAUAAUGUUAUUGUAAAUGGUUGACUCUCAUGCUCUGUAAAAGGAAUGCUGUCCCGCCCCUUUUGUUAUUUUUGUCUAUAAUGGAAAAAUAUACUCAUUAUUUGGUUGCUUUUAAGCACAAGGG